AUGACCUCAACAAUUGGCAAAUAUGGCAUCGAAGACCGUCAGUCACCGUUGGAAGAAUUCUUACCAGAUAGUCGUUCCUACCGCAGCGUUGAAACAGGCAAUCUUCAUGGAUCUGACCAUGUUAUAGUUCGAGCAAAGAUCCGCAUAAAAAUUGACAACUCGCAGCAUUCCCCAAGAUCCUUCAACCAACUCAAACUAAAAAAUUCGGGGACAGUGAACAUCAAUGACUUUUAUGGAACGACAAGUGAAUACUGGUCUAAACUAAAGGAAUGUCCCCGAAAAUCAGCUACUUCCACGCUAGGGCAUACUAGUUGGGUAUCGGAAGCAACUGUCCAAUUGUCUGAAAAAGCUGCCAAAGCACGAAUGUCAGGUGAUCCUGACUACCGGGUGCUUCGAAAAUAG